AGCAGGGAUCAACAGUGUGUUCUAAGCUCUUGAGGCCGCGAGGUCGGUUCUUUUUCCAGCCCCCGAAGUUCCGUAUCAUUCAAUAAUACGAGCAAGCCUUCCCGUUCAAUUUAGUCCUCUCUCGUCUCGCGACUAGAGCGACUUGUUUAACUAGUUUUCUAUUCAUCCGCCACUUGUGUACAUCACGUCAAAAUGGGACCGAAAUUGCGGCUUAUCACAGCAGCCUGCUGUGUUGUCUUCAUCCUCGAAAACUCCGGAGUAUCGGCUGUAAGAUGUUUUGAAUGUAACAGUCAUAAUGACAGCAGAUGUGCAGAAAAACAACCUCCAGAGGAACUAAGAACCGAUUGUGCAACAAAAAAGGAUGGUGCCAAAUACACCAUGUGCAGAAAAAUCGUCCAGAUCAUCGAAUUCAGUGUUAAUGGCUUGCCACCUAACACGAGGGUAAUCCGUACAUGUGGUUACGAUGAAUCAAAUUAUAAGGGUCGCUGCUACCAAAGGGGUGGCUUUGGUGGACGACAGGAAGUCUGCUCCUGUCUAAAAGACUACUGCAAUGCUGCCACUCCUGGAGCCAUUCCAGUCUCCAAAUUUCUGAUGAUUUCCUGCCUACUGAGCAGUCUCAUAUACGCAUUUACUCGAAAUUAAUAUCGCACAAUCGAUAUAUUCGCUGAUAAAACCAGACCCACAUAAAAAAACCUGGUUUAAUAAACGUUCCAGGUAAGGGAUGAAACGGGAUAAUAGCCAGCUGGGUAACAGGCUGAAGUAAACUCACAUUUGCGGCUCCAGCGGAAUCCGCCAGAGAAAUCUUCGAGUGUCCAAGAUUAGAUUACCCCAGCAUGUUACCCAGCUAACUGUUACCCCGUUUCUCCCAUUACCUACAACGUUUCUUAUACUCAGUUUUUUGUGUGUAUUGGGAGCAAAAAACUCGACGAGUUUAUUCAAAGUAUCAGCUUUAAGGGCUCCAGGAUCCAAUAUUUGCGAAAGAACUCUAAAAAAGGCUAUUAAAUCGUCCUACUUUCUAAAAAUACUCUGGGGUGGCCAUAUAAUUCUAGACUUUUCUAUUAGAAUGAAAAUCAAAUUUUGUUAAUGGGAAAGUUUUAACACUUAAAAAAUCGCACUAAUUGGAUUGGCACAAAUGAGAACGUCUGCAAACAGAAAAAAAAGACUUUUGUCGACCAUAGUUAUAAGAUAGCCAAAUGCUAUUAUUUCAAUCCAAUAUAUUAUUCAAUGACGAUGUGUGACAGAAAAGAACUCAAAACACUUUUUCUUAGAUAGACAAUCUGAAAGUGAUAACUAUUUCUUGAUUAUAAAAUAAGAUAAAAUAAUAAUAAAAAGUGUUCAUUAAAUAAAGUGUUUCAUCCAUGUAAAAAUAAAGAUGUCGAUUUUUUGGGAGGGGUUUUUUGGCCACAUCGUCACUGAAAAAAUAACCAGAGACUUUACAAAGUAUUCUAGUUACAUUAUUGGUAAUAUAGUCGAUUUAGAUCUCUUCGUCCAAUCGUUAAAAGUCUAGGUGUAAAUUUAGUAACUGUUAAAUAAUAAUUAUGAUUGAUAAAUUAUUAAAGAAAAUAAUUUAAGCAAUCUCAAAAGGAACAGCAGAAGCCUGCAAAUUUCAAUCACGUGGGAGUGUCGACGCAAAGGCACAUUGUGUUCAUUUUCAACAUAUAUAUUGUAAAGAUUAUUAUAUGUAAAAAAUAUGUCUUACUUGUUUGACGCGCAGAAGGUCUCUUUCAAAAAUAUACAAAUGCAAAUUUAUUUAGCGCGAGAAAAAGAAAUGAAGCAAUUGUACGAUACCAAAAA